AUGGCCGCCUUUUACCGCAUUCUUUUCCUCUUCCUACUCUCCUUUUUCCUACAUGAGCAGGUUAACGCCGGCACGAUGACGCUGGAGAAAGCCCGCAAGCACUUCUCUGGCACAUCGGCAUUCCGUGGUUCUGACUAUGACAGUAGGAUGGGUCACAAUGCCCACGAAGGUAAAACAUUUAAUGCUUUAUACAACAAAUAUGCAGGUUCAAUCCUAGAUUACGAUCAGCAGCUCGCCGGUUUUACCCAAUCGGGGUCAGGACCCUACGAGGACGACAGGCCGAUCAAGCUCUCCAAGCAUGACUUUAUGUGCCAGAGCCUGUUCGCAGCUGGGCUUCCAGUAGGCGCUGAUUGCCGCACCCGUGGCCCCGGACGUUACGUACUUGCUUGA